UACCGGUUGAUGUUAUCUGUGAAGCAUGGUUUAGUACAAAAAUGAAUCCUCUUCUUCUUCACUUGUUAUCUCUGACUUUCCUUUUACCUGCACAAUGUGCAAAGUGGCAUACAGUAUGCGACAGACUUCCAAACGACGAAAGUUUCUAUGACUUGCAGACUGUAGACCUGGAGGGAAAUAAUCGGACACUGCAGGAGUUUGCAGGGAAUGUAACCUUGGUGGUAAAUUUAGCUACUUUCUGAGGGUUUACCUAUCAGUAUCACCAACUGAAUGCAUAUGUCAACUUUAACAGCGAUCUCAAAGUCCUAGGAUUUCCUUGUAACCAGUUUGGUCACCAAGAACCAGCGGACAAUAAAACCGAACUUUUAAAUGGCUUGAAAUUUGUUCGUCCCGGCAGCGGAUUUACCCCUGCUUUUGAUAUAAUGGGAAAGGGGGACAUAAAUGGAGAAAAGGAGUCAUCAGUUUAUACGUAUUUAAAGGAACGAUGUCGUCUUCCAGAUGAAGCAAAAUUUUCUCCACACGAAUGUUUCUGGUCUAAAUUCAAGACACGAGAUGUUGCAUGGAACUUCGAAAAAUUCCUUGUAGAUAGAAAUGGCAUUCCUAUCUACCGAUUUCUGUCUGAUGUUGAACCCAUGGACAUUCUUAACAUCUCUACUGCUCUCCUUUAUCCCAGUUCCUGUAACAGUUCCUGUGUAGAAAAUGAGUUAUACAAACUGGAAUCAAAAUAUCCAAAGAAAUAAAAAGCCACGUUUGUUUUAUAUAGCAGCAUACCGGUAUGAUCUUCAUUAACGAGUGUACCGUGUGAUCGGAUAAGGUGUUUGGCAGUGUUUUAAAUGUCGGGAUGGGUGGUCUUUUUUUCGACAACCUACUUGUAGAAUAAAUUUCCGCAUAUUUAUUUAUACUGUAACAAUUUAGUAAACAAUUUUAUGAUAAGACACAUUGUGUCCAGUAAUUAAAGAACACAUGCAUAUUAUAUACAUAUUUUAAUUCUAGAACAAAAUAAUUGUGAUAGAAUCCCAUCAGACAGUAUGCUUAUACAAAAAGAUCAUAUCUUGGUUGUGCUGUUUAAAAAAGGAUAAUGUUUUAAUUCUCUAACUUUCACGUCAUGAUCUGAUCCAUGACAAGUAUCUUCAAAACUCGGAGGAAGGUACUUUGAUAGCGUACCUUUUCAUCUACUUGUGCAUUCAUAGAUGAAAAUGUGUACCGUCAGAGCUAGACGUAGCAUAAAGUUAGAGAAUAUCAAACAUCAUUGAUUUAAAUGAGAAUAAAAACCCUUGAAACAAA